GUUUGCCACCCACAUUCGUGAAGUUUGUGUACUCACUGCACCGUUCUUUGCAUCGAACACCACUCUUGUUGCUUACUUUUUUGGGAAAGAGUUAUGGGACUCGGGGGCAGGACUUGUAGCAGCUGUGUUAAUUGCUAUUUGCCCUGGUUACAUCUCAAGGUCGGUUGCAGGUUCAUAUGAUAAUGAGGGGGUUGCUAUAUUUGCGCUGUUGCUCACUUUCUAUUUAUUUGUCAAGGCUGUGAAUACUGGUUCACUUGCUUGGGCUGUGGCCUCUGCUUUCGGGUACUUCUACAUGGUUUCAGCAUGGGGUGGUUAUGUUUUCAUCAUUAAUUUGAUCCCACUAUAUGUAAUGGUUCUGUUGAUUACUGGGAGAUACUCGAUGAGAUU